AUGGCUAACGACGAGUAUGAUUUCCUCUUCAAAGUGGUGCUUAUUGGAGACUCCGGUGUUGGAAAAUCCAACCUCUUGAGUCGUUUUACCCGAAACGAGUUCAAUCUAGACUCCAAGUCAACCAUUGGUGUCGAGUUCGCAACUCGCUCUAUUCAGGUCGACUCCAAGACAAUCAAGGCUCAGAUUUGGGAUACUGCUGGUCAGGAACGUUAUCGUGCCAUCACAUCCGCCUACUAUCGAGGCGCCGUCGGUGCCCUCCUCGUAUACGAUAUCAGCAAGCACCAGACUUACGACAAUGUCAACCGGUGGUUGAAGGAGCUUCGCGAUCAUGCUGACUCCAACAUCGUCAUCAUGCUGGUGGGAAACAAGAGCGAUUUGAGACAUCUCCGGGCUGUACCCACAGAGGAGGCAAAGCAGUUUGCGAGCGAGAACAACCUUUCCUUCAUUGAGACUUCCGCUCUGGACGCUAGCAACGUUGAGCUUGCUUUCCAGAACAUUCUCACAGAAAUCUACCGCAUCGUCUCCAGCAAGGCGCUUGAGGGCGAGUCCGGACAGACCUCCGUUGGAGAGCGCCGCCAAGUUAUCGACAUUCAACAUUCCCAGGACACCGAGAGCAAGCCAGGAUGCUGUUAA